AUGAAUCAUCAAUCUUCCGAUACUUUACUUCCAGAGAGGUCAUUUAUGAUCGAUAAAUUACUUCAUGUCUCUGCGGACUUUAUUGACUCUAUCUGGUUUAAUAAACAAUUCUCUUCUUCUUCUUCAACUAUCAACAAAUACCCAACAGUUUACUUUAUUCGUGAAAUAUUAAAGAGAACGAAAGCAACAUAUGCUAUGCUUCAACUUGCUUUAUUUUAUAUCUUUCGUAUAAGAACACUUGUUUAUGAAUGUAUCUUUAAGAAUAGUAACGACUUUGUUUGUUGCAGUAGACGUAUGUUUAUAGCAAGUCUAAUGAUAUCUUCCAAAUAUCUGAAUGAUAAAAACUAUCGGAAUAGAACAUGGGCUAAAUUUACAAAUUUACCAGUUAAAGAAAUUAAUACAGCUGAAUUGAUCUUCUUGAAACUUAUUAAUUAUCAACUUUAUGUCAGUAAACCAGUCUAUGACAAAUGGAUUGCAUUAUUACAUGAUCGUAUUCAAAGGAAAAGCGACCCUGCCAUGUUAGCUAGAAAGCAUUUUCGUAAAAUGUAG